AUGGCCCGUACCAAGCAAACCGCCCGCAAGUCUACCGGAGGAAAGGCUCCCCGUAAGCAGCUCGCGUCUAAGGCUCGCAAGACCGCGCCGCCUACCGCUACCGGUGGUGUCAAGAAGCCCCAUCGUUUCCGCCCCGGAACGGUCGCUCUUCGAGAGAUCCGUCGUUACCAGAAGUCGACUGAGCUGCUGAUCAGGAAGCUCCCCUUCCAGCGGCUCGUCCGUGAAAUUGCGCAGGACUUCAAGACUGACUUGCGCUUCCAAUCGUCCGCCGUCAUGGCUCUCCAGGAGGCCGCUGAGGCUUAUCUCGUGUCCCUCUUUGAGGAUACUAACCUUGCUGCCAUUCACGCGAAGCGUGUUACGAUUCAACCCAAGGAUUUGGCCUUGGCUCGUCGUCUCCGUGGCGAGAGGAGCUGA